AUGCGGGCCAACAUCUGCAUCAUGGCCUUGCUGGCCGCCAGCGGGCUCGGCUCGGCCGGAACCGCCUCGUUCCGCCGUGCAGACGUCUCCACCCAUGUCGUCGGGGGGGGGCUCAUGAUCGAGUGCAACGCGCCGAGGCACUUGGUGCCUAAGGAAUGCUUUCCGCCCUACGCCAAGUGUGAGCAGCACGAGCACAAGUACUCUUUGCAAGAGGAUGUGUACGAGAAGUAUUCCGCCGAGUGCUUCCGGCUGUGCCGCUGCACAGCGGCCCCGAACCAGGACAAGAAGCAGUCGCAGGCCACCCAGGCGUCGCACUUACAGCAUCAGGACGGAACGCCGCGGCCCACCAAGACGUUGGGCUGGCCUCUCAAGGACGCUGCGACCCGGCGACCCCUCAAACUGAUGCUAUCUAGUCACGAGAGGUUGCCGCGCGCCGGCAAGGCGCCAAGGCCGACCAAGAGCGUCAUGUUUGAGGGCGAGCUGUUUGCCGGCGAGCUGUGCGAAAUGCCCACGAACGCGCCGGUCCCCAAGGCGCCCGCGGGCAAGUCGGGUUCGUCUUGGCUCGAACUUAGCGACAACUAG